AUGGGAAAUCGAAAACCUGUAACCAUUUAUACUGAUCAAUGUCAAGCAAUAGCACAUGCCAUCUCCACAGUUUUUCUUGGGACAUGUCAUCGUUUAUGCACAUGGCACAUAUCAAGAAAUGCAACACUGAAGUUAGCAAGUUUCUAUGCCAUUCCGGAGUUUAAGAGGUUAUUCAACAAGUGUCUUGAAGGAGAUAACACAUGGCUUAAGACCUUAUAUCAGCUUUGUGAAAAGUGGUGUCCAGUGUUUAGCCUAGAUACUUUCACUGUCAGGAUCAAAGCUUCUAAAAGAAGUGAGAGUAUGGAUAAUGGAUUACCUUACAGAGCUGCCAUAAAAAGUGGACUUUUGCUUCAUGCUUCUAAUAUCUACACCAUAAAAAAAAUUAAAUUAUUUGAAACUGAGGUUAUUGAUAAUUUAGCGGUAAGAAUGUGUCAAAUUGGAAAUGAUGGAACACUCCAAACUUUUGAGCUUAAAGAGGAGGGUCGCAAAAGAGUGCAUUGGUGGACAAAAGAAGCAAAGAAAGGAUGGGAUGCAAAUGAGCAUGGAGAAUCUUUACAAGUAAGUGACAAAUCAUCAGUGACUUUGCGUCCGAAUAGUCUGAUGCGAAUGGCUUAUGAUAUAUUGAGUAAGGAAGCGAAGACAGAUAACACUAAUAGAAUUGCAAUGCAAAAAUUGAAAGAAAUGGAAUAA